UGUGACAGAGGGGCUUGAAGAGCCCCUUUUGGCCCCGGAUGGAGACGACCGUGGCGGAUUCGGAGAUGUUACGGAAACUCUACAGCAGUAUAAAAGCCGGUGGAGAGCCAUCCGGAUAAUGUACCUUACCAUGUUCUUCAGCAGUGUUGGUUUGUAAAACAGACGCCGGCCAAUGUUGCGUUUCCUAGUAUUACUUUCAUCGUUGCACUGAAUGUGUGUUUAAAACCAUUGGAACGCUCCAUGUGACGAUUCAUAUUCAUUUCAAGCGCCUCUACCUCAUUCUUCAACCAACAGAGAGCGACACAAGGCAAUCCCUGAGGGCUCAAACCUGAAAUAUAUAAUACAAAAGGGAAAAGAAGAAGGAAAAGGAAAUACAGCAAACUGUGGAACAAGUUAUAUAGUGGCCAGGAUCUAGGUGUUGGCACCCCACUUGUGCAAAGCAUGGUUUUCAAGCAAUUGUACCCUUCUAGCUUGUGUAAUAACUAGGAAGCAAUCUAUAGUUCUUUACAUAAGGAGUUCAUCCAUUCACCUGGUAGCCUUAUAUACUGGUCUGGCACCCAGGCGUUGCUCAGCUCCCUUUUCCCAAAUACACCAAGAUGGCUGCUGCUCGUUCUGUGGGUUAUUCCUGGAAGGACCGGUAUGCCUCUGUCUUCCCUCUUUAAAGGACUUGUCAAACUCUGUCCUCCAUUACGAACAGUUGUGACAGGGGAUUUCGUUUUGCCAUUGCUAAAUAGGAUCUCAGCCAUUCAUUUUACAAUGCCAUUGUGAUGAGGAGCAUGAUAGAGAUGUCUACUGCUUCUUGACUGCUCUGGUUUUUCUAUUGUAAUUAUGUCAAUAUGGCCCUAUCUUCAAAAGAUAGAUAAAACUGCAGAUGAAAGCUUCCUUGGUUGGAUUAUAGCAUCAUAUAGCAUUGGUCAAAUGAUAGCAUCCCCCUUCUUUGGAGCCUGGUCUAACUACCGUCCAAGAAGAGAGCCUCUUGUAAUUUCAAUUGCUAUUUCUGUGGCUGCCAACUGCCUUUAUUCCUAUGUCCAUUUACCUGCUUCUCACAACAAGUAUUACAUGUUGGCUGCUCGAGGCCUGGUGGGAUUUGGUGCAGGAAAUGUAGCAGUAGUUCGGUCAUACAUUGCAGGUGCUACCUCUCUUACUGAACGAACAAGUGCUAUGGCAAACACGAGUGCUUGCCAAGCUGUGGGAUUCAUACUGGGACCAGUUUUUCAGACUCUCUUUACACUCAUUGGAGAAAAGGGAAUUACAUGGAAAGCCAUUCAUCUUCAGGUGAACAUGUACACAGCACCUGUUCUAUUUGGAGCUCUUCUAGGAAUUGUUAACAUUGUUCUCAUAUUUGCUGUAUUUAGAGAACAUCGUGUAGAUGACUUGGGACGACCACAAAGUAGCAUUAACUGUGAAUCAGAAGAAAAUGAUGAACUGGGUCAGGAUAACCAAGGAACCAUUGAUCAUGUGGCUGUAGUAUCAACAAACAUUCUUUUCUUUGUCAUCUUAUUUGUUUUUGCAGUCUUUGAAACCAUAGCUACACCAUUGACAAUGGAUAUGUAUUCCUGGACCAGGAAAAAAGCAGUGUUUGUCAAUGGCAUAAUCCUUGGUGCAAUUGGCAUUGAAUCUGUCAUUGUAUUUUUAGCAGUUAAAUUCCUUUCUAGAAGGACUGGUGAACGUGCGAUACUUUAUGGAGGCCUAGUGAUUAUCUUGGUUGGAUUCUUUAUCUUAUUACCUUGGGGAAAGCAGUUACCUAAUAUCCAGUGGGAAGAUGUGAAGAAUAAUUCUAUUCCAAGAACUACCUUCAGUGAAAGUCUUGCAUUAUUUUGGACACUGCAAACACAGUUUCCAUCCAAUAACACUGUUGAAACAACUGGGUGCCCUUUUAUACAAUCCUGGUGCCUCUAUACUCCAGUAAUCCAUUUGGGCCAGUACAUCACUACAGACAUCCUAAUAGGCCUGGGUUAUCCAGCCUGUAGUGUUAUGUCAUAUACCUUAUAUUCAAAGAUCUUAGGACCAAAGCCUCAGGGAAUUUACAUGGGCUGGCUAACUGCUUGUGGAAGUGCUGCGCGUAUACUUGGCCCAGUCUUUGUCAGCCAACUCUAUACACACUUGGGACCCCGCUGGGCUUUCAGCCUAAUCUGUGGAAUUGUUGUUCUUUCUCUCUUACUCUUAGAAGCAGUGUACAAGAGACUUGUUGCAUUUUCAGUCAGACGUGAGAGGCUACAGGAGUGACAUUCUAAUAAUAAUAAUAAUAAUAAUAAUAAUAAUAAUAAUGUUUAUUUCUAUACCGCCCGGUGGCAAAGCCAAUCUGGGUAACUACUGAUCAGUUUGAGUAUCAUUAUCAGUACAGGACUAGAAUUCUACAUUGACUACUGUUGAUGGUCUUGUAAUUGCUACAGCAAUAUUUUUAUUAGGAGACUUCCCACUGGUACACUAAUGGACAUGAUAGGUUACAGUAAUGAAAAUGGGUGACUAAAGUUCUAAUGCAUAUAGUUGAAGAGAUAAUAAUCAUAAUUCCACUUUUACUUGUGCAUUUUUUUAAAAAAAAACUUGAUUCUGUGAAUCAGGUCUUAUAGAAUGUCUCUUUCAAAUUGAACUUGAAUUCUUUGUGCUUCAUAAAGUAUAUGGACUUCUUAAAUUUUAAUUAAUCUUAACAAGGUUUAGCAGAAGGUACUAACAGUGAAUAAAGUUAUCUUGCUGCAGAUUUCUUAUUACAUUAUUGAUCCAUAUAUUUUCUAGAAAGGAAAAGGUGUGAGUAGAAUUGAACUUGAGAGUGGAGCAAUAAUUCAUCAUGUUCUUCUCAGAUCUUUCAACUUGUUGUUAGUUCUUGGCCCUGAUUAUAGCUGCUUGUUAGCUACUGGCAAUGGAAAGCACAGAUGAUUAUAUAUCUCCACUUUGCCCAAAAUACUGCUGCUUACGAUAAGUAACAUAUUUUGAUGUCAGUAACUAAUGAAAGCACUCUGUUCUCUAAAUACAUUUCUGUUAAUUUGCACUGAGGAUUGUGAUAAAAUUAUCAAUUUCUUUAACAUCUGUUAAAUAUUUUAAACAGGUUUUUUUCCCUAUAGAAUCUAAUUACACAAGUUUCUAAUUGCUAAAAUGAAAUGAUCUGUAUCUUUCCUCUUUUUCCAAAACUUACUAUAACCUGUUGUUGUUUGGUAAAUGUACAGCCAAUCAGUUCAACAGCUUUAGACCCAUAACACAAAAUAUUGCAACUCUCGAAGUAUAGAUAUUUUCUGAACUUACCUAUGUUUACUCACUGAGGAUCCACAGGCAGUUAGUAGCCAAAUGCCUGCCAAAAUAAAAAGACCUUUUCCUGCUACCAGAAUGAGAGCACAAUUCUAGACUUCAGUGGGAAGAAAUUCAACAUCUGGGGAGCGGUCACCAUGAAAGCCCUCACAUAUCCUCACCAUAUAUACCUGUAACAGUAGUGGAACUGCGAAAGCCUUCCACCAAGGAUUCGAUGGGGCAGUACUGUCUGUACUACAAUCUAGUUCAUUACAGAUAGUAGAUGGUUUAGCAACAAAACAACUUCCUGAGGACUAGAAAGGCAACAGUGGAUGUUGUUUGUAUGCUUAUGACACUAAACCCUCUCCUAGCCCCAGAUGAUCUUCGCCCAUAAAUGUAUAAUUAAAACAACAUGAAGGAUCCUUUAGGUCAACAGCCAAGGUCUCAAAGAGAAUUUUCCAGCCCCACUGUAGAAAGUCUGCACAUGAUCAUGUUUGGUAUCAAAAGAUACGAAGGCUACAAUGGCCUGGUAUCAAACUGCUGAGAACCAAUAAAACCAAAGGAGAUGAGAAGCUCAAACACAGUGGCGUUCACAUACUGACCAUCAUUUUCACAAGUGUUUGUACUGAAGCUAGAUUUUGUACUUUUAGAAAGUUGGAUUAGUGAAGCAAAAGGUUAAUGACAUCCAGCUGUAUUCAUAGGUUGAUAACACUAAUAUGCAACUUUAACCGAAAAUGUUGUACCACUGGAUUACUAUUUGACCUUACUCUACAAAGCUAGUUUUGGAUGUUAUAUUAAACAUGGUUUCCCAUUUUAAAAUUUUUAAGCAAGUCACAAUAGAACUUACAGGCUUUUAUUGGAACUAACCACAGUGUCAAAAUAAUAUUUUCCACAUCACUUUCCAACUUUACCUAGUCCUAAUAUGCCUAUUACUCGUAAUCUUUUUUUAAUUCUAAUGACCCAGCCUACAGUAGCUAUUUCAUUUAAGUAACUAAGGGGCGAAACAGAUGGUCCUGAAAUCCAGCUUCCAUGUGGCAUGGGGGCAUGGUGUUUUGAUGGGGCAUGCCCCCAAGCAGGGCAAUCACACUGUGGUGGCGUUUUGAUGACACAAUCUGCAGAAGCACCCAGAAGCUGCCCUGGAGUUGCACUAGGGCCGCCUAACGUGACCCAAAAGGAGCCCAAACAGGAGCACAUUUUUCACUCCUAUUUGGGGCUGCGGUGUGUUCUUGUUGCAGCUCUGGGGCGGCCCCAAUCCACCCUUUUGGGGCAGUCUGUUUUGCCCCCAAGAGGCAGAAAUACAAAGAAAGAAACAGACACCUUCUUUUAAUAAAACCAAAUCCUGUCAUUUACCAUUAGCAGUGUACUGGGCCUAUUUUUCCUUAUUCAAUACAUGAAAAGUCCAGUGUGUCAAGUGUAAAAACGCUUACAGGUUAUUACCAUUGAGGUGCAGUUUUAUUGUCUUAACUACUGUUCGUGAUCUACCAAAAUAUACCUAGUGAUUUGUGUUUAAUAAAGCAAGUAAUCUAAA